AUGUCCCGUUACUGGGUUAUUGGUACUGGUGGUACUGGUGGUACUGGUGGUACUGGUGGUACUGGUGGCCUGACCCACUAGGGGAGUCACAUUACCACCAAUACAGGGAUAUAAGUAUUUGAUCCCCUCCUCGCAAGGGUCUGCGUCUCCCUGACAACCCAGCUCUGAGAGAGGCGGUGAAGGGAGCUGUGUUUACUUCCUGGUUCGCCGGAUCCUCCAACCUCGGGGUUAACAGGUGGAGCUGAGUGUACAGAGGAAGUAUACAGUGCGUGUGUGUGUGUUGAUACGAUGUGAGAUUUGUUGUACAGUGAGGGAAUUAAGUAUUUGAUCCCCUGCUGAUUUUGUACGUUUGCCCACUGACAAAGAAAUGAUCAGUCUAUAAUUUUAAUGGUAGGUUUAUCUGAACAGUGAGAGACAGAAUAACAACAACAAAAUCCAGAAAAACGCAUAUCAAAAAUGUUAUUAAUUGAUUUGCAUUUUAAUGAGGGAAAUAAGUAUUUGACCCCGCAAAACAUGACUUAGUACUUGGUGGAAAAACCCUUGUUGGCAAUCACAGAGGUCAGACGUUUCUUGUAGUUGGCCACCAGGUUUGCACACAUCUCAGGAGGGAUUUUGUCCCACUCCUCUUUGCAGAUCUUCUCCAAGUCAUUAAGGUUUCGAGGCUGACGUUUGGCAACUCAAACCUUCAGCUCCCUCCACAGAUUUUCUAUGGGAUUAAGGUCUGGAGACAGGCUAGGCCACUCCAGGACCUUAAUGUGCUUCUUCUUGAGCCACUCCUUUGUUGCCUUGGCCAUGUGUUUUGGGUCAUUGUCAUGCUGGAAUACCCAUCCACGACCCAUUUUCAAUGCCCUGUCUGAGGGAAGGAGGUUCUCAUCCAAGAUUUGACGAUACAUGGCCCCGUCCAUCGUCCCUUUGAUGCGGUGAAGUUGUCCUGUCCCCUUAGCAGAAAAACACCCCCAAAGCAUAAUGUUUCCACAUCCAUGUUUGACGGUGGUUAUGGUGUUCUUGGGGUCAUAGGCAGCAUUCCUCCUCCUCCAAACACGGCGAGUUGAGUUGAUGCCAAAGAGCUCCAUUUUGGUCUCAUCUGACCACAACACUUUCACCCAGUUCUCCUCUGAAUCAUUCAGAUGUUCACUGGCAAACUUCAAACGGGCAUGUAUAUGUGCUUUCUUGAGCAGAGGGACCUUGCGGGCGCUGCAGGAUUUCAGUCCUUCACGGCGUAGUGUGUUCCCAAUUGUUUUCUUGGUGACUAUGGUCCCAGCUGCCUUGAGAUCAUUGACAAGAUCAGUUCUGGGCUGAUUCCUCACCGUUCUCAUGAUCAUUGCAACUCCACGAGGUGAGCUUUUGCAUGGAGCCCCAGGCCGAGGGAGAUUGACAGUUAUUUUGUGUUUCUUCCAUUUGCGUAUAAUCGCACCAACUGUUGUCACCUUCUCACCAAGCUGCUUGGCGAUGGUCUUGUAGCCCAUUCCAGCCUUGUGUAGGUCUACAAUGUUGUCCCUGACAUCCUUGGAGAGCUCUUUGGUCUUGGCCAUGGUGGAGAGUUUGGAAUCUGAUUGAUUGAUUGCUUCUGUGGACAGGUGUCUUUUAUACAGGUAACACACUGAGAUUAGGAGCACUCCCUUUAAGAGUGUGCUCCUAAUCUCAGCUCGUUACCUGUAUAAAAGACACCUGGGAGCCAGAAAUCUUUCUACUUGAGAGGGGGUCAAAUACUUAUUUCCCUCAUUAAAAUGCAAAUCAAUUUAUAACAUUUUUGACAUGCGUUUUUCUGGAUUUUGUUGUUGUUAUUCUGUCUCUCACUGUUCAAAUAAACCUACCAUUAAAAUUAUAGACUGAUCAUUUCUUUGUCAGUGGGCAAACGUACAAAAUCAGCAGGGGAUCAAAUACUUUUUUCCCUCACUGUAUAUGUUAAUAUAUGUUAAUAUAUGUUAAUAUUUGUUAAUAUAUUUUAAUGUCAUUUUUUUGGCAACAGUUACAACACCCUAAAGGCUGCGUUUAAAUAGGAUCUUUUUUUUCACUAAUUGGUCUUCUGACCAAUCAAAUCAGCUCUGGAAAAGAGCCGACGUGAAAAGGUCUGAUGUGAUUGGUCAAAAGAUCAGUUAGUGGAAAAAAUAUCAGAAUUGGGCUGCCUAUUUAAACGCAGCCUAAUUGAUCUAAUUCAAAUCAGCAUCUUAUUAAAAGACGGGAAUCUGUGGGAUUAAGUUCACCAUAUGUGGCUCCCACAAUUACACUUAAAUUGUCAUUGGCUGCACUUUCUCAUUCUGAACUUCUAACGUUUUAGUCAAUUAGCAGACGCUCUUAUCCAAAGCGACUUACAAUUAGUGAGUGCAUAUAUUUUUCAUACUGCCCCCCCCCGUGGGAAUUGAACCCACGACCCAGGCGUUGCAAGCGCCACGCUCUACCAACUGAGCUACAGGAGGGCCAAUAACAGUGGAGUGGGUGUGGCUUCCUGUCAACUAUUGCAAGAGCAGCUACUCACCGGUUUGACCGUUCCACCACUGUUCCACCCUGACACCGCCAAAACAUCUGCUAUGCUGGUCUGCUAUCACCGGUUAACUCUUUCGAUCUGAUUGAAUCUAGGCCUUAGAUUGAUUCAGACUAUUUUGAGGUAGUGUUACUGUUUUUUUUUUGUUUUUUUUAUACGGCGUCUCAAGAGGGACAAACAGUAAUAUUGCUGUUUUUUUCUAGUUUUUCAAGCAAAAUGUCUUUUUUUGAGGUAGUAUGCAAGGCACAGAUGUCCUAGCCUAGUUCUGCUAGGAGCAAACCAAACCUAGUGUGCUGACACCUUUACCGCGGAUAUAAUUAUGGCCACAUUUCCACUACCUCUCCAUCUAUUAGACCAUCAGGUGACAUCCUGACAACAGAAAUGUUCCUGCAACGUUUCUAGAACGUUCUGAGAACAUGGCAGCCAUGUUCUGUGUACGUUUGGUGGGACGUUGACGGAACGUUCUCCUAACCCUCAGAAAACUGGACACACGAAGCAAACGUGUCUAGAACAUUAAUAUAGGAUCAUCUGAGAACAUGGUAACCACGUUCUGGGUAUCUUCUGUUUGACGUUUAGGAAAUGUUUUCCUAACUCUUAACGCCAAUUCCUGCAAAAUAGGUUCUCAGGAUGUUUUUGUUAACAUACAUAGAAUGUUCCCUUAACUAAUGGAAAACUGGACACUCAAACAUCUGGCGAACAUUACGGGUAACAUUACAAAUUAAAAAUGUGCUAUAACGGUGACAAACAGUGCCCACAAACUGUUAGGGCCUCCAUAAAGCCGUCCCAACAGCAGAGUCCCAACAGCAGAGUCCCAACAGCAGAGUCCCAACAGCAGAGUCCCAACAGCAGAGUCCCAACACCUUACCACUGCUACACCUGGCUAUCAGAGGAGCCUUGUCUGGCAGCGAAACAGUUCAUUCAGCCUCAUUUACUGCCUUUAAAAAAAACAUAGCUGAUAUGGCUGACUUGCUUGAACAAAUGUGGUUUCUACAGACAACUGAGAUGUACAAACUAUGGCAUAAGGGGACGACAAGCAGAUAAGAGGCAAUCCGUAAUAUCGAUUAAGACAUUAAUGAGCGAGCUGGGACGGACGGAGUCAAUAUAACUAUUUGUUCAGCACUUUUGAAAUGUACAGCGACAGAAUUCAGAACAUGGGCCAUUCUUACAGUGUUCUCCCUGUACACCAAGUCAGAACCAUAGGAUAAAUAAAGGGGGCAUAUAAGCAGACAAUGAAAGCUCUUACAAAAUUCGAUGAUGACAUUUCUCUAAAACAGGCUACAGGCUAAGUUAUGAGGGGAAAAGGGACCAAGUGAUUAGGUUGAGGCACAUGGGCUACUAACAGCUUACUACACAACUGUCACGCCCUGGCUCUGGGGACACUGUUAUGUUGAGCCAGGGUGUGUAGAUCUAUGUAUUCUAUUUCAUGUUGGGAGUUCUAGUUUGUUUAUUUCUAUGUUGGCCAGAGUGACUCCCAAUCAGAGGCAACGAGUGUCAGCUGUCAGCUGGUUGUCUCUGAUUGGGAGCCAUAUUUAAACAGUCUGUUUUUCAUUCGUGGGUGUGGGAUUUUGUUUCUAGUCUGUUUAUGGUAGACCGUGAACUGUCACGUAUCGUUUGUUGUUUUGAUCGUGUCUCGUAAUAAAGAGUAUGUUUGCCUGCAACGCUGCGCCUUGGUCCUCAUCUAUUCCCUACGACGAGCGUGACAACAACAUACACUUAGUAUUACUUUCUUAGCUACAGUAUACAUAUCUCCCUGGCAUAUUUCAUCAUUUAUGCAGCAGCAUACAAUACAUUUUUGGACUCACCUUGUUGUGCUGUGCUCCCUUGAACACUUGAACAAAUUUUGUCAUCAACCUUUGUCAUCAAAGUCUGGCAUUCUCUGGAUUUAUGGUGCGUUCAAGACAUCUGGGAACUCGGAAAAAAACAAGGUUGCAUCAUGACGUCAGUGAUCUUCAGGUCGGAGCUCUAGAAAGAGGCCCGAGUUCCCGACUUGGAAUUCCAAGUUGGAUGACUGUUCAAAACGUAUUUUCCCAGUCGGAGCUAGUUUUAUUCAGAGUUCCCAGUUGUCUUGAACUCACUGAAGUCUGAGAUUUCCCAGUUCCGAGUUUCCAGUUGUUUCGAAUGUGGCAGAAGUCAUGCUGGAUUGACAGCAUGGCCAAUAUUGAAUGUUUAUCCUUUUAAGCUUGGGAAAGAGACCCUUAGACCCAGACUUGGACCACACACCCACUCCACUGAAUAGCAGGCUAGUGAUUGCUUUACAAUGCUUGCAGUUAGCCACUGAUUCCCUCCAAACCACUCAUUGUUGAAUUUGCGAUUUCCAACUUGUUGUGUAAUGUUUAUGUCCAAUGGCCGAUGAGCACCGAUAUGUUUUAUCUAUAAUUUCACUUCAUAAUUUCUCUUCAUAUGACAAGGAUUGAAAAGGAUUUGCCAGUAGAUUGUCGACUUGAUUCAUGAUGAUGACUGCUAGCUAAGAUUUUCAAAGUAUGACGUUGACAUGAUAAGUCCAAUCAAUGCUACAGUACAAAUAACGUGAUUUGACGUGGCCAAUGACCUUGAGCCUUCUUGGAUGGGCACUUCUAAUGUAACUCUAUGGCAGCACCGAAGGGGCUUGAAUUUUCGAGCUCUACCUUUGGAUUGGGCGGUGGCGUAGCGUCCCCCAUGAGUGACAGAACACUGAGCCAAUCACGGCGCAACUAGAGAACAUUACCAACACCUACGCUCUGUAUUUUCCGCUGGCUGCCCCACCACCACAGAAAGCUCUGAGCUAGGCUGAAACACCUGCAGUUUUGGAGCUGCCUUACUCAAGAAAGCAGAAAAGAGACCACGUUUGUAUGGAGGCUUUAUUAACUCAAUGAUUAUUUUAUUUUUUACAUUGUUUGCAAACUGAUAUGUUACAUUUAUUAAUGCCAAAAUAACAUGCAAAACAGGUGGGGCUGAAAACACCUGAAUGACUCGUCGCCUCUGCAUAACACUCAGUCAUCUUGAUCAGUGAUAGUCUAUUAGGAAAUGGCUACUGGUUACAUUUACAUUUACGUCAUUUAGCAGACGCUCUUAUCCAGAGCGACUUACAGUUAGUGAAUACAUAUCUAUUUAUACUGUCCCCCCGUGGGAAUCGAACCCACAACCCUGGCGUUGCAAACGCCAUGCUCUAUCAACUGAGCUACAUCCCUGCCGGCCAUUCCCUCCCCUACCCUGGACGACGCUGGGCCAAUUGUGCGCCGCCCCAUGAGUCUCCCGGUCGCGGCCGGCUGCGACAGAGCCUGGAUUUGAACCAGGAUCUCUAGUGGCACAGUUAGCACUGCGAUGCAGUGCCUUAGACCACCGCGCCACUCAGGAGUUCGGAUACUGCAACUGUUAUGACUGUUUCUAGGGAAACGAGAGCAAGGUCGGCCUCCCGCGGUGUCACGGCAAUACAACAUUUUACAUUUUAGUUAUUUAGCAGACGCUCUAAUCCAGAGCGAUUUACCGUUAGUAAAUGCAUACAUUUUCAUACUUCUUUAUUCUCCAUACUGCCUGGCGGCAACAUUAAAUAGACAUCCAGUUCUGGUUUAGUAUUAGAUUUAACCAACAUAACUUUAAAUUGAAAUAAACCAACUAUACAGUUGUAUUGCACUAAUCAAUGAUAUCCGUUGAUAAGAUGUUGGCCUGAGUGUCUGUCUGUCUGUCUGUGCUAUCAUCCAAACUCUGCACUCAUGGUCAUGACAAACGGGUUAGCUUAACGUUGACAAUGACAGCAAGCAAUGGAGUUGGCAAGAGCACAGCAGAUUUACGACCAGGCUAAUAAGAUGUCACUGGAUUGUUAUUUUAAAGCUCAAAACAAAAAGAUAUAAUGGCCGGGAUUCAAACCGAACGACAAUGUCUUUUAAAGGGAAUGUUCCUGCAUUCGCAGAGAUCGCAUUCACGGUAAAACGCUGCGUAUGUCCGCUCAAUUGGAAAUGACACUGUGAAUGACAUAGGCGCUACGGGAUUGAAUACCGCCCCGUCGUCUGGAGGACUCAGGAGGCUGAGCAGAGGAAGAGAAGGAGGAAUAAUAACCGUUCCCAUGACAACAUCCUCUUUAUUGAAAGUUGGAUUCCAUAGAAGAAAACAACAGAUUUCAUGAUUAUUUUGGUCAACCUGUUGUUUUCUCCCAUAGUCAUAAGUAACCAUUUGACAUCAUCAUAAUCAUCAUCAUCAUCAUCAUCAUCAUUGAUGCUAAAUAUAUAUCACAGGACACGUCAAACACCACCAACAACAGAGUAUCUGAAUAGCAUAUUUAUAAAAAAGAGACACGCACGUGGGGCAGAGCAAGGUGUGGAGAUGAGAGAGAGAGUGUGAGGAGAGAUAGAGAGUGGGAGAGAGGAGCAGAGAGAUGAGGGGGAGUAGAGAGAGAUAGAGAGAGCGAUGGAGAGAGAAUAGAGAGUAGAGCGAUAGAGAUAGGAUCUUGGGUGUUUUUCUAAGAGCUCGUGGGUAGCUCGAUCUCGGUUUUGUUCGCUCUCUCUAUCGUUUUUUGCUUCUCUUCGUUCGCUCGCUCUCUGGUUCGCUUUUCUCUCUCUCUCGUCGUUUCUCUUUUUCUCCGUCGCUUUUCUCGUUCUCUCUCCUGUCGCUUCUCUCUGCUCUCGCUCUCUCUUCGUCUCUCUCUCUGCGCUCUGCCUCUCUCCCUCGCCUCUCUCUCUCUCGCUCGCUCUCUCUCCCAGGCCUCUCUGGGAGCGGAGGGGGAGAGAGAGGUGUGCUUUGGAAUGUUUAGUUUCUAUAUCAAAGUAAAACUUUGCACAGACUGA